GCCCGGCGCCAGCUGUUGCUCACUGCAGACCCAGCAGCCUUGGAGGAGAGAGAGAGAGAGAGAGAGAGCCGGCGCUGCGUCUUGUCUUCCCCCCACCUGUGAGCAUGGCCAACAAAGGUCCCUCCUUUGGCCUGAGCCGAGACGUCCAGGCCAAGAUCGAGAAGAAAUACGACGACGAGCUGGAGGAGCGGCUGGUGGAGUGGGUCGUGGCCCAGUGUGGGACGGACGUGGGGCGCCCCGACCGUGGCAGGCUGGGCUUCCAGGUCUGGCUGAAGAAUGGCAUCGUCCUGGGCAAGCUCAUCAACAGCCUCCACCCCUCCGGCUCAAAGCCCGUGAAGAUCCCGGAUCCUCCCCCCACCAUGGUCUUCAAGCAGAUGGAGCAGAUCGCUCAGUUCCUGAAGGCGGCCGAGGACUACGGGGUGGUGAAGACUGACGUCUUCCAGACAGUCGACCUCUUUGAAGCUAAGGACAUGGCCGCUGUUCAGAGGACGCUGGUAGCCUUGGGCAGCAUCGCUGUGACCAAGGACGACGGCAACUAUCGGGGAGACCCCUCCUGGUUCAUGAAGAAAGCCCAGGAAAACAAGCGGGACUUCAGCUCCUCGCAGUUGAAGGAAGGCAAGAACGUGAUUGGCCUGCAGAUGGGCUCCAACCAGGGGGCCUCGCAGGCGGGCAUGACCGGCUACGGGCGGCCCCGGCAGAUCAUCAGCUAAACGGGGCAGGCCUGGCCCUCCUGGUCCCGCGCUAAACACCCCAAUGCCCCCCCCAAGGAAUCCUGCCACGAGGGAAGCGCCAGCUGGGUACCCUUAACUCAGCCCAUCCGCUGAGGCCGGGCCGCAAGCACAAGGAGCCCAGCGAGGCCGCCCAUGGGGCCGCCCUUCUCUCUGGCUGGCUCUGGCUCCUGCCCCAGCCCCUCACCUGCCCC